AUGAUGAUUGCCGGUACCCAGAAGUGCGCCGUUGCGCGCGCGGCUGACGCCAAGGUGGGCGGGCGCUCCCCGGCCCGCUCCCAGCCGGUCGCUCUGCCGGCGCUCGCGCAGCGGAAGCGCGCCGAGCGCCCCGCCGUCGAGGUCCACGCGGCCCCGGUGGCCGCCAAGGCUGCUUCCUCCGAGCCCACCAUCGCCUUCGCCGGCGCGGCUGUCGCGAUGGGCCUGGUCGGCGUGGCGAUCGCGGCCUACAAGAUGGGCAAGAAGUCUGCCCCGGCUCCGGCGCCGGUCGCGGCUCCUGCCGCUCCCGCCCCCGCCAAGGCGGCCCCCGCCAAGGCCACCGCCAUCGUGCCGGGCGCCAAGGCCUCGUACCUGGACACCCGCUACACCACCAUCGGCAAGCACUUCCCGGGCGCCAUGGGUAUCGAGGAGUUCGUCGCCAAGUGCGAGAUGGCGCUCUUCGGCCAGGGCUUCACGACCGACAACUCGAUCGCGCUGACCAACAUCUGCCGUGACGAGUCGACCGUGCUCCUCCGCAACCGCAUCGAGGCCGCCUACGGCGCGUCCUUCUCGACCCAGUCGCUCGGCGCCAUCCCCACGUGCGGUGUCACGGGCAUGGGCGCGGGCCUGUCGCACGCGCCCAAGGACCCGGUGACGGGCAAGGAGCGGUACAUCUUCUGGUCGUUCCCCCACAUCGCCAUCAACGCGGACGGCACGGUCGGCGCCAUCUCGCGCCCUGGCCGCCACGAGUCCGGCGCGUGCGGCGCCCUCGUCGCCGCCCUCGGCGUGAUGAAGUCGGGCGGCGUUGACGCCAACGCCGUGCCCGGCGGCACCCACGACGAGAUGGACCCCGAGCUGGCCAUCCUCAAGCAGCGCCUGGCCCAGCAGCUCAAGGACGAGGGCAUCACCGACGCGACGAAGAUGGACCUGGUCGAGUUCACCAAGGUGGCCGAGCGCCUGAUCACCAAGAACAUGAAGGAGCUCAUCGCGGGCGCCGUGGACCCGGCCAAGGCCGACUGGGCCCUGAUCACGGGUGUCCAGAUCCACAACUGGACCUCGGACCCGUCGAAGGACCACCCCGACCUCGAGUUCGUCUGGCCGGUGCAGGCCCAGACGUGCAUCAACGGCGUGACCAAGCCGCUCGACCUGGCCGGCGUGCCGGACCUGACCCCGCGCCAGCUCGGCCUCCUCGGCGCCGUGUCCGAGUGCCCGGACAUGAUCCACGAGGCCCCUGGCGACUGCGGCUGCGGCGUGCCCUCGGCGAUCUACCGCGAGGAGCGCGGCUCGGAGGCCAAGGCGCUGGCCGAGGCCUACAACAAGAUGCUCAAGACCGCCGCGGGCGUCGCCGGCAUGGCCAAGCGCGCCUACCUGGACUCGCGCUACAAGACGGUCCGCACGCACUUCCCGGGCUCGAUGGGUGUCGAGGAGUUCGUCGCCAAGUCGGAGCUCGCGCUCUUCGGCUACGGCUUCACGGGCGACAACUCGAUCGCGCUGACCAACAUCUGCCGUGACGAGUCGACCGUGCUCCUCCGCAACCGCAUCGAGAACGUCUACGGCGCGUCCUUCUCGACCCAGUCGCUCGGCGCCAUCCCCACGUGCGGUGUCACGGGCAUGGGCGCGGGCCUGUCGCACGCGCCCAAGGACCCGGUGACGGGCAAGGAGCGGUACAUCUUCUGGUCGUUCCCCCACAUCGCCGUCGACUCGGAGGGCAAGGUGGGCGCCAUCUCGCGCCCCGGCCGCCCCGAGUCGGGCGCGUGCGGUGCCCUCGUGGCCGCCCUCGGCGCCAUGAAGAGCAGCGGCGUGGCCAAGGAGGCCGUCGCCCCGGGCAAGCACGACGUGAUGGACCCCGAGCUGGCCAUCCUGAAGUACCGCCUGGCGCACCAGCUCAAGGACGAGGGCGUCACGGACGCGUCGAAGAUGGACCUGGUCGAGUUCACCAAGGUCGCCGAGCGCCUGAUCACCAAGAACAUGCGCGAGCUGAUCUCGAAGGCCGUCGACCCCUCGAAGGCCGACUGGGCGCUCAUCACGGGUGUCCAGAUCCACAACUGGACCGCCGACCAGUCCAAGGACGACCCGGACCUGGAGUUCGUGUACCCGGUCAACUUCACCGUGUGCACGGACGGCGUCGAGAAGGCCGUGGACCUCUCGGGCGUGCCCGACCUGUCGCCGCGCCAGCUCGGCGUCCUGUCGUCGAGCUACGUCGUUCCCGACAUGGUGCACGAGUGCGGCACGGGCUGCGGCUGCGGCACGCCGACGGGCAUCGAGCGCAAGGAGCGCAGCGUGGAGGGCCGCGGCGAGGCCGCCGCCUUCAGCGCGCUCCUGGCGUAA